AUGGGUGCAAAUGAAUCAUAAUCACAAAUGACAUAGGAAAUAGUCAACAAUUCAGAAUUUUAGAAAUAUCUAAAAUAGAUUUGUUAUAAGGUUCCGAAAUCUGGUAUCAACAAAAACUAUUUUGAUAAUAUUCUUGGAAACUUGAAUUAAUUUAAAAUCAUAUCAAUAGCAUCGACACCUCUAGGUGAUCGUCUUUUUGAUGUAUUAAAUGCAAAAAAUCAAGACAAAGUCACAUCAGAAGUUCUAUAUUAUUUUUUAACAUAAUUGUACUCUAAUAAAGAAUCCCGAUGCGAAUAUACAUUUUAAGCUUACUGUUUGGAAGGCAAAAGAAUUUAAAAGUAUGUGAUUGAAAAGAAUUUUAUUGCCAUGGUUGUUGACUCAUGGGAGAGAGCAUUUGCGGCAUUAGUUGAAAAAUUUCCAGAAAAUAAAAGAAAAGAAGAUGGAGAUUUAAUAGAAAAUUGGAGCAAAUCUUAGGAAUUGAAGGAAAAAGUUAAGAUAGCUGCUUAAGCAUGUUUUAAGAAUUUAAGCAAGUCUUUGAAUAAUUAAGCAGACUAUUAAGUGUUUAAAAGUUGGAUACUUUCUGAAAAUUAAGAUAAAAUAGUGGCAAAAUAUGAAGGGUAUACUGUAGUUGUACCAUUAACAUUGUAUAAAUUUAUUAAAUGA